GAAGGGAGUCCUGCUGGCGCCAGGGCCGCCGACGAUGAUGCUGUGGGGAUGUUACAAAAAAGGCGAGAGUCAGUGGAGUUUGCUUUCUGAGUGGUGCGCGCGGGUUCCGGGCUCCACACUCCACUUCGCGUCCAGAUAGAGGCAACCACUUUCUACUCCGGCGCGGGAGACCCCCACAGCAGCGCAGCCCGGCUGAUCCAGCUCUCUGCUUUGCUCGGGGCAGUUCCCCUGACCCCAUCCGUUUCAGUGACCGCGGACUCUUGAACCCCGGCGGCGGCAAGGAGGGCCGAGAGUGGGGCCUCAGGGCACCAUGGAGGUGGCGCCGGACCAGCCCCGCUGGAUGGCCCAUCACGCCGUGCUCAACGCGCAGCAUCCGGACUCGCACCACCCGGGACUGGCACACAACUACAUGGAACCCGCGCAGCUGCUGCCCCCAGAUGAGGUGGAUGUGUUCUUCAACCAUCUGGACUCACAGGGCAAUCCCUACUACGCCAACUCGGCCCAUGCCAGAGCACGGGUCUCCUACAGCCAGGCACACGCUCGGCUGACCGGGAGCCAGAUGUGCCGGCCUCACCUCCUACACAGCCCCGGAAUCCCAUGGCUAGAUAGCGGCAAAGCGGCGCUGUCGGCGGCUGCGGCCCACCACCACAACCCCUGGACCGUGAGCCCCUUCUCCAAGGCACCCCUGCACCCAUCGGCAGCUGGAGGCCCGGGCACACUCUCAGUGUACCCGGGAGGAGGCAGCGGCGCCAGCGGCGGCGGCUCCGUCUCCUCUCUCACGCCUGCUUCACACUCGGGGUCGCACCUCUUUGGCUUCCCCCCGACCCCGCCCAAGGAGGUAUCCCCAGACCCCAGCGCCAGCAGCGCGGCCUCUCCCGCCUCUUCAUCAGCAGGAGGAGUCCGGCCAGAGGACAAGGAGGGCGUCAAGUACCAAGUGACCCUAUCUGACGGCUUGAAGAUGGAGGGCGGCAGCCCCCUCCGGAGCAGCCUGGCUUCCAUGAGUGGGCAGCCAUCCACGCACCACCCCAUCCCCACCUAUCCCUCCUAUGUGCCCGCUGCCCACGACUACAGCGGCAACCUCUUCCACCCAGGUGGCUUCCUGGGCGGUCCCGCCUCUAGCUUCACCCCCAAGCAGCGUAGCAAGGCCCGCUCCUGCUCAGAAGGCAGAGAGUGUGUGAACUGCGGGGCCACAGCUACCCCACUCUGGAGAAGGGAUGGCACAGGACACUAUCUGUGUAACGCCUGUGGGCUCUACCACAAAAUGAAUGGACAAAACCGGCCACUCAUCAAGCCCAAGCGGAGACUGUCAGCAGCCAGGAGAGCUGGGACCUGUUGCGCCAAUUGCCAGACAACCACCACCACCUUAUGGCGCCGAAACGCUAACGGGGACCCUGUCUGCAACGCCUGUGGCCUCUAUUACAAACUGCACAAUGUGAAUCGGCCACUGACCAUGAAGAAGGAGGGCAUUCAGACCCGUAAUCGGAAGAUGUCUAACAAGUCCAAGAAGAGCAAGAAGGGUGCUGAGUGCUUUGAGGAACUGUCGAAAUGCAUGCAGGAGAAGUCAUCUCCUUUCAGCGCAGCUGCCCUGGCCAGCCACAUGGCCCCCAUGGGCCACCUCCCACCCUUCAGCCACUCGGGACACAUCCUGCCCACACCCACUCCCAUCCACCCUUCCUCCAGCAUCUCUUUUGGACACCCCCACCCAUCCAGCAUGGUGACUGCCAUGGGCUAAGAGCAGCAGCCCGGGUUCGGGGGCCUCACCCAGGACAUGGACAGACAGAAAGAAUGGAUGGACAGACCUCGAUGUCAGGGUGGGAGUGGGGGGGGGCUGAAAGCAGGGGAGCAUUUGGAAUGGGGAGAGGCAGGGAUUAAGGGCUCCAGAAGGGGCUUGUACUCUGGAUAGGGCAGCGAUGGGCAGCCACCCCUCCCUCUCCCUCAGGGAUAACAACCAAGAUGACAUUGCCUGAGUCACUCCCACCUAUGGGACUGGCAGUCCUGGCUUGGGGCUCAACAAAGCCUCCUCCCUCCCUUGUUCCCCACAGCCCUCCAUGCCUGUCCUCCUCCCCCUCUGGCCUCUCUGCUAUUACUGUGAAUCUCAUAAACUGGUCUGAGAUGGCUAGCCAGAUUUCUGUCUUGGAUGAUUGUUUGGGGGGAAUAGGACAACUUAAUAAAAAAGAAAGGAAAAAAAGAACUUAAUUGUUAGAAAAACAAAGAUGGAAAAAGGUAUAAAAAUAAUUUAUUUUGUUCUUGUUUUCAGCGAGGACUUGGGUAUUUUGCAAGGGUCUCAGCUAUUGAUGCAAGAGCCCUUCCCCUCUUCUGACCCCUUCUAUGUUCUGCCCCUCCCUUUUGGGGGGAGGUAGUUUCAGUUGAAGAAAAAUUGACCAACUGGAAACCUGCCUCAUUUGUUCUAGCAACCCAGCUCAUUAGCUUAUGGGAUGGAUGAGCACUUCACCUCCCCUCAGAUGGGGGAAAUCAUGAGUCUGCUUCCCCAGGGGUGGCUGGGAGGUGGGUAGGCUAGGUUCUAGUGGCCUCAGAAAUGGGACCCCAGUUGGGUGCAGAGAGAGAGCACCCACUGGUCCCUGGGGAGGAGUCAUGUCCUCCCCUCAACCUAGCAGGUAGUAUUGGGGGAGUGGGAAGGCUGGUAUA